ACCUGGCGGCCCCGCCCCGUCCGCCCCGGGGCCGCGGGCGAUUGCGCUGCCGGGGCGCUGGGGUCCGGCCGCGGCCCGAGCCGCGGGGUCGGCAGGGAGCACGCCUCUCCUGUGUGGCGGGUACCGCGUAGGGCUCCGCAGAGGAGAAGCGCGUAGGAGGCGGCGGGCUCCGCAGGGCGGCCUCUCCGUCCUCCCCGUCCCUCUCGGCCCGGCCCCGCCCGCUCGCCGCCGGGGGGACGCGGGGCUCCCGAGGCGCGAUGUCGGCCCGGCGGCGGCGGCGGGCGGCCGCGGAGGAGGAGGCGGUGGCGGAGGAGGAGGAGGCGGGGAGCGACAAGGAGGUUUAUUUGGAAGAAAGACUUGGUGAGUUGGAUCUCAGAAGUGAUUCAGAUGUUCCUUAUGUUCCUCCACCAACAGACAGCACUCCAGAAAUCCUCAAAAGGGCUUUGUCAGGCUUAUCUGCCAGAUGGAAAAAUUGGUGGAUUCGUGGAAUUCUCACUCUAGCUAUGAUUUCUGGGUUUUUUCUGAUAAUAUACCUGGGAUCAUUUAUGCUGAUGCUUCUGGUCUUAAGCAUCCAAGUGAAGUGUUACCAUGAAAUCAUUACUAUAGGUUACAGAGUCUACCACUCCUAUGAUUUACCGUGGUUUAGAUCCCUCAGUUGGUACUUUUUGCUGUGUGUGAACUACUUCUUUUAUGGAGAGACUGUAGCCGAUUACUUUGCUACAUUUGUUCAGAGAAGAGAACAACUUCAAUUCCUAAUUCGUUACCACAGAUUUAUAUCUUUUGCACUCUAUUUAAUAGGCUUCUGCAUGUUUGUUUUGAGUUUAGUGAAGAAACAUUAUCGUCUGCAGUUUUACAUGUUCGCAUGGACUCAUGUCACUUUGCUGAUCACUGUAACUCAGUCUCAUCUUGUCAUCCAAAAUCUCUUUGAAGGCAUGAUCUGGUUUCUGGUUCCAAUUUCAAGUGUUAUUUGCAAUGAUAUUACUGCUUACAUUUUUGGAUUCUUCUUUGGCAGAACUCCAUUAAUUAAGCUGUCUCCCAAGAAGACCUGGGAAGGAUUCAUUGGAGGCUUCUUUUCCACAGUUGUAUUUGGAUUUAUUUUUUCCUAUUUUUUGGCUCAGCAUCAGUACUUCGUCUGCCCUGAGGAAUACAACAGUGAGACCAACAGAUUUGUGACAGAGUGUGAACCUUCAGAGCUCUUUCAGAUGAAGAAGUACUCCCUGCCACCAUUGCUUCAGGCUGUGUUGGGAUGGGAAGCGGUGAAUAUGUACCCAUUUCAGAUGCACAGCAUUGCACUGUCAACCUUUGCCUCAUUAAUUGGGCCAUUUGGAGGAUUUUUCGCUAGUGGAUUUAAAAGAGCUUUCAAAAUCAAGGAUUUUGCAGACACAAUCCCUGGGCAUGGUGGGAUAAUGGAUCGCUUUGAUUGUCAGUACUUGAUGGCCACUUUUGUUCAUGUCUAUAUCACCAGUUUCAUAAGGGGUCCAAAUCCCAGCAAACUGCUGAAACAGCUGUUGGUACUUCAGCCUGAGCAACAAUUAAAUGUGUAUAAAGCCCUGAAAUCUCACCUCAUUGAAAAAGGAAUCCUGCAGCCAUCUCUGAGAGGGUAGUUUGUCAAAACGGAGGACUACAAGAAACCUUCAUUUACAAGAAGACUGUGGAAAAGCAUUGCAAAUGUGCACAUAAACAAUAGCUAAAGGAAGAGCAGUUUGUGGUCUGGAAGAGGUGAAUGUUUCCUGACAUGAAUGUGAAUGCUAUGACUUCCUAUUAGGACUCAGAAGUUUUUACUCCUAAAAUAGUUAAAAUGCUUGCAAAGUAACAGCACGUGUGCUAUUUCAGUUCCUGAAGCGGAUGGCAGCAGUCUUCCUUCAGCACCCAACCAGAUGGGCUUUGUAUUUUAAAAAGAAAAUAAAGUUCACUGUUAGUUUUUAAUUAGUUAUUUAAUAUUGUAUAUCUUAGCAAUACUUUUUGGUCUCCAGUGAUUACUGAAAUGUAAACAGAUGAGGCAAGUGGUCACUUUUAUGUAGUUCGGUGCUGAAAUUAUGAUUGUUUAGAAAGUACUUGUUAGCCCGGUCAAAGAACUACUGAUAGCCUGCUUUACUACCUGUAUUUAUGAAGUCACUAUGAAGGUUAAACUUUGCUCUGUUUUUAGUUAAACGUCUUUCUUAUGGAUUUAUUUCAUGCUUUCAUGAGAAAAGUAGUUUUACUGAAGUGAAGCUGGGCUCUUUGGGCUGGUUAAUGUUAUGAAUUCUGAAGAAGCAUCUUGCAUCCAAGAGCAGAGAUUACCUGAGAAAAUGGGAUUCUCCAACCCUGUAAAUAGAUUAUGGAGAAUCUGGAGUUUUAACCCAUGGUUUCCAUGGACUGUUGGUGUCUGAAGACAGUAAUUCAAGCCUUAUUCUUUGUGCCUAUUAACUACAACAUAGAAUGGGGUUGUUUCCUUCUUUUUAAAAGCAUUUUGACGUCCUCAGUAAAAGGUGGAGGUUAAGUGCUGUUUUAUUAACGUGUUAGUGAAGGCAGGAACUUUAAUCUCAUGAAUGUGCACAGUGCAAGACAGCAUGUAUGGUUCUGCUGUGUGUUGGUAUUUAGCGACAAGGUCCUCAAGCAACAUCAGGUAACCACCUAGGUGUUUGAGUGGAGAAUUUUUAUAGAAAGCAGCUCUUCUGUAGACUUAGUGUGGCACAUGAGGAAAGCUGAUGCUCUAUAAUUCUCAAUCCUAGCUGUUUUAGUUUUUUUGUUAGGUGACGCGUCUUGAUGCAAAUACAAAUGUAAACAUAUUUUGAAAUUGUAAAAAUGACUCCUGUACAAACAGAAAGCACAAUUGUCAAUUUUGUUUUGCUAUACUGUAAGUCGAUACAAUUUAAUUUUCCCAACUAAUUGUAAAUAAGUUUCUCCUGUGGUGAAUGUACCAAUGCCUCAUAUAUAUGUGUGUGUAUAUAUAUAUAUAUACACAUAUAAAAUAUUAAAAGGUGAAUAUAUAUGUGUGUAUAUAUAUGAAAGGUGAAAACUUUAAAUGGUUGGUGCUACCUGAGGAUGAAACCAUGGAGCAAUUCACUAAGGUGAGUGAUAAGCUUUGUCUGUAAAAUUCAGACUGCUUUUUGUUGAACACCAUGCAGCUAAGACCACCAUACACUACUCUGUUUUGCACAUGGCAGCGUGUGUACAGCUUUUGUGUGCAAAAGCACCUCUGUACUUGGCUAUGAAACAAAAUCUAGGUCUAAAGUAAUUCUUAUUGGUGUCAAGUAUCUGACAGGAUUAAAUUAGUUCUGACCUGGAGAUUGCAGUAUUGAAGGAACACUCCAAGAGAUGAAAAAAAUGUCACCAGCUGCUUGUCUGUCAGUGGCCACACGACUUGGCUUAUUAAUUGAAGUGCACUGAAUUUCAACCUUUCUGCUGGGAGGGCGGCAUAGCCAGAGGUUAAAAGGUAGCACAGCCAGGGAAUGAGAUGUGUGGAAAGAUGUUUUAAAAAGGAGGGAAGGGAAAAUGAGAGGGUGAACAAAAUGUAGUAUACCUGGAAAACCAGCUUGUAGAUGAGGCUUUGGUUAUGUACAGGACUUUGGUAGAUGCUUAUGGAAAAACACAGCCAUGCUGGAGCUGGUAUUUCCUUAUCCUGGCUAUUUAAGAAAAAAAAAUUAAAAAUUUAUAUAUAGAAUAUAUAUAUAUAUAUAUAUAGAAAGGUAAUUGUUACUUUGGAAACUUGAACUUUUUAGUGUAAUUUUAUAGCAUGUAUAAUAAGGAAGUUAAAAUAUAUUUUAGCAUUUAAUACAACAGAGCAUUUGAAAUUAAUUUCUAUUUGCACAAUAGAAAGUUCAACACUGCGAUUCUGCUGUUCAGCAUUACAAUGAAGAAGGGAUCACUUGUGAACUCAUUCAGCAAUUUUCUGCGCAGAGUAAUAGCUUUCUGCUGGCUUAGGCUUGGUGUAAAUAAAUCUCAGCAGGACUUGUCACUGUGAAGUGACAGCUACGCUUGCUUGUUAAGAAGUGCAUUUACCCCACUUGUUACUUCUGUUGGUUCAAGCAUUGCACCAUGAUCAGCAGGAAAGUUUUAACUUUUUACACCAGUGAUUCUUUUCGCUUUUCCAAGUUGCUGUAGUUGGUUGUUGAGCAAAAAAAAUGUACAGUAUGUAAAUAUUGUAAAUGGUAUGAGCAUAUAAUGUCUGAUUUAGUUUGACUGUUUCAAUCUUUUGUUGAAGCAGAUGUUGUAAAAAAAAUAAAUAAAACUGGGA